GCUGUGCACGUUCAGGCCCAUUCCGAGCGAGAGAGAAAGAGAGCAACAUGAAAGUUCUAACAGCAGUUCUAUUGACAUGUGUUGUGGCGUCCCUUGCGCUGCUGCACAGCGUCUACGGCACGCCGGUGCCAACACCUAUUCCGGCUAAUGCUACGGAAACCAAAGCGCCGCCGCCCAAUGAUGAGCCGCUGGUCGUGGAGGCGUCAACAAUCAAUCUACUUGGCAACUCGCCGUCUUUGGAGGUGCCUCAGAUGGAAGUGAAUGACCAAAAUGUCGCUGCUAGGAGCGUCUUUAAUCCCAUUGUCGUGCCACUCUCCGGCAAUGCUGAACCUCCGGCCGUUGCAGCCGUAGCUGCAGGCGAGCAGAUUCCAUUGCAGGCAAACCUGGAUUAUCUAAUUCCCGAUGAGCCAGCCGAGCCCAUAGCAGCUUAGGGCAUAAAAGUCGCAAAAGCAGCGUAAGGUAAAUGCACACAUCAGCAAGCAGAACACACACAUACACAUACAUUUACAUAUAACUACAGGUAUAUGCAUAUAAAUCUUUUAUAACUAUGGUUUAUGUAUCUAUCGCUAUAUACACAUUAUGUAUUCCUAUCAGCACGGGCGAUUAAUAAAUUGCAUUGAAAAAGGAA